AUGUCACGAUUUUCCCCGAUUCCCGACAAAGUAUCAGAGGCAUUCACUGAGUGGAAGAACUGUAUGACAAAGCAAUUCGACAGCUUGAAAGACAACCCACAAAAGACUAGCGAACCGAGCGUUAUCGUCUCACUGGGAAUCGGUGCCGAUAUCAGAGUGGAGCAGCAGUUGAGGAAAUUGCUGCCAGAAGACACUGAAUUCUUUGGUGCAGACCCAGUAGUCGCACCUAACUCCAACCUGUACGGUCGACUUGGAACAUUCUUCCCGGUGGCGGUCAGUGACCAUUCUGGACAAUCGAGUGCUAACAUACGUCUGGACAACGGAGACUAUAAAUACAUGACGGUGGUGCAUGUUGAUAUUGGGACGUUUUUCACCCAAAUGGUCAACAGGGAGCAUGUCGAUCAUGUGAUUCUCGAUAAUGAAGGACCGGAAUAUCAGCUGAUACCAAUGAUAGCGAUCGAUAAUGUGUUCGCCGACAAGAACAUUGUUAUCUGCCACAUGAACGUUGAGUUCCAUGCUCCUGGACCAAAAAGUCGAUAUGACGAGUUUGUGAGAGUGAUGGAAGGAGUGCUACGAGCUGGUCGUUUCGCUCCCAUACACAAUCAGAACUUCGGCCAUCAACGUAUGUUCCUCGUCAAUUACGCCGAUCCGUACUGCGUUCACAAAUACCUCGAUCAGUUCUUCUAA